AAAUCAUCAAUUAUUCAACCAGCUGAUACCCACCUAACCCUUGAAUUUCUCCUUGUCUCCCUCCUCUCUCUCUCUCUCGCAAUAAUCGCGUUUAUCCCCCUAAAACCAUGGGCAAAAACAAAAAGGUGAAAUGGGGCUGGACCACCGCCCUCCUCGGAGCAGCAUCCGCCACCGCCGCGGCGGCGAUAAUCACGGCCAGGCCAAGAGACCCAACUUUCCACCUAAUCUCCAUUAGUCUCAACUCCCUCAAGCUCAACUUUCCAGUCCCCGUCCUCGACGCCGAGCUAAUCCUGACCGUCCACGUCACCAACCCCAACAUCGUCACCGUCCACUACUCCUCCACCGAGAUGUCCAUCUUCUACGCCGGCUCCCUCCUCGGCUCCGCCCACAUCGACGCCGGCUCCCAGCUGCCCAAGUCCUGUCGGCACCUCCGGCUCCCGGCACGGCUCAGCGGCCUCGAGCUGGCCCACCACGCAGCGAAGUUCGCCGCCGACGUCGGGCGGCGGGAGAUGGUUCUGGACGCGGAGGUGGAUAUUGAGGGGGCGGCGAAGGUGUUGUGGUGGGACCACAAGUUCAGGGUCCACGUGGAUAGCCAUGUGGUCGUCGAUCCUGUGUUUCUCGAUGUGGUUGAUCAGGAAAACAAGGCGGAGGUGGAAGUGAUCGUGGGUUAAGAAGAAUGUACUCGUACUCCUAUAAUGGCUAAUACUGCAUGGUUUCUAGUGUGAACCGGAGUGUAAUUUGUGUGGACUCGUUAUAACUUUUUUUUAUCGGGAAAGAAAACUCAAGUUACAUUGGACUCGA